UGAAAACUAGAGGAGGGCGAAGGAAGCGAGGCGCGUCGCUCCUGGGGAGAGGAGGGCAGUGCGGAGCCGGGCGCGGGCAGAGGCGGCUCGGGCCGCCGAGAGGAGGGAGCGCGGCGCAAGAGGAGGGGCUUGCGGCCCCGUAGAAAUGUCAAUCAGAGCCCGGAGCCCCGGGAAUCUCCGCCAAUCUGUUCGGACCUGACCUGGCUCCUCGCCGCUGCCGAGCAGAUCGAUAGGCGAACGCGGAGCGCAGCGCAGCGCGGCCCCAGCCCGGCCCAACCCCCGAUGCGCGCCGGAGCCCGCGGGCGGCGCUGAGCAGGGCGGCCCCGGAGGCCGGGCCCCCUCUCUGUCCGUGCCCCGCGGGCCACCAUGUCCUUCCCUCAGCUCGGAUACCAGUACAUCCGCCCGCUCUACCCGCCCGAGCGCCCGGGAGCUGCCGCUGCCGCUGCCGCGGCCGGCGGCGGCAGUGGUGGCGGCGGUGGCGGCGGCGGCGCGGGGGCCCGGGGUGGCCCGAGCGCCGGAGCCUCGGAACUGGCCGCCUCCGGCUCCCUCUCCAACGUGCUCUCGUCCGUGUAUGGAGCGCCCUACGCCGCGGCCGCUGCGGCGGCAGCCGCCGCCCAAGGCUACGGCGCCUUCCUGCCCUACGCUACGGAGCUGCCCAUCUUCCCGCAACUGGGCGCGCAGUACGAGCUGAAGGACAGUCCCGGAGUGCAACACCCGGCCGCAGCCGCCGCGUUUCCGCACCCGCACCCCGCCUUCUACCCGUACGGCCAGUAUCAGUUCGGGGACCCGUCCCGUCCCAAGAACGCCACCCGGGAGAGCACCAGCACGCUCAAGGCCUGGCUCAACGAGCACCGCAAGAACCCCUACCCCACCAAGGGCGAGAAGAUCAUGCUGGCCAUCAUCACCAAGAUGACCCUCACCCAGGUGUCCACCUGGUUCGCCAACGCGCGCCGGCGCCUCAAGAAGGAGAACAAGAUGACGUGGGCGCCCCGCAGUCGCACGGACGAGGAGGGCAACGCGUACGGGAGCGAGCGCGAAGAGGAGGACGAGGAGGAGGACGAGGAAGACAGCAAACGCGAGCUGGAGCUGGAGGAGGAGGAGCUCGGGGGGGAGGAGGAGGACACGGGGGGCGAGGGCCUGGCGGAGGACGACGAAGACGAGGAGAUCGACUUGGAGAACUUGGACGGCGCGUCGGCCGGGCCUGAGUUGGCCCUGGCUGGGGCUGCGCGCAGGGACGGCGAUCUCGGCCUGGGGCCCAUUUCGGAUUCCAAAAACAGCGACUCGGAAGACGGCUCCGAGGGUCUGGAGGACCGGCCCCUAGCGGUUCUGAGUCUGGCCCCGGCGCCGCCGCUGGUGGCCACGGCUCCGCCGUCCCCACCCUUGCCCCACUCCGGCCUGGACUCCUGCGCUCCGGCUCCGGCGCCUGCCUCCGCCCUGCAGAAGCCCAAGAUCUGGUCCCUGGCCGAGACCGCCACAAGUCCGGACAACCCGCGCCGCUCGCCUCCCGGCGCUGGAGGUUCUCCCCCUGGCGCAGCCGUCGCACCCCCGGCCCUUCAGCUCUCCCCGGCGGCCGCUGCGGCGGCAGCGCACAGACUGGUCUCGGCGCCGCUGGGCAAAUUCCCUGCUUGGACCAACAGACCGUUCCCGGGCCCGCCGCCUGGUCCACGCCCGCACCCGCUCUCCUUGCUCGGUUCGGGUCCUCCGCACCUGCUGGGACUUCCUGGAGCCGCGGGCCACCCGGCCGCCGCCGCAGCUUUCGCUCGACCCACGGAACCCGAAGGCGGAACAGGUGACUGCAGAGCGUGGGGCGCGAAGGAGGGUAUCGCAGUAGUGCCUUGGAAGUGGAGAAGAAGUUACUUAAGACAGCUUUCCAGCCCGUGCCCAGGCGGCCUCAGAACCACUUGGACGCUGCUCUGGUUUUAUCGGCUCUCUCCUCCUCCUAGUUUUUUUUUUUUUUAAGAAAUUAAAAUCGGUGUAAUAAUUGUAAAAAAAAUCGUUCUGUAUAGUUACAACUUGUAAGCAUGUCCGUGUAUUAAUUCCUAAAAAAAGGAAAGAGAGAAAGAAAGAACUAAACAAAAGGAAACAAAAAUGAAAUAAAGCCAGUGGCCUGGAGCCCUCCGCGCUCGCUUCUGUGCCACCUUAGCUGCGGUUGUGAGCUUUGUCUGUUGCGUUGAUUUUUGGGGGUGGGGGAGUGAAGUUUCCGUGAGAAUUAAGCGUGUCUGACUUGUUUUGUAUAUACGAAAAAAUGUACAUAUGUGUGAACCAAAUUGUACAAGAAAGUAUCUAUUUUUGGCUAAAUAAAUGAGCUGUUGCCACUUUGACUAUAA